UUUCACAUGAGGCCGUUUUCACAGCGUCAGGUGUAAUAAACCGCCUGGACUUUGCCCACAGAUUCUACAUGGCGUGAUUUAUAAAGAACUAUCUCCAGGAAUCUGUGAAUGGAGUAUGCAACACACUUUUCAGAGAUUUGUGCUCACACUGUGUAGGUUGGGCUGUGAUGAAGGACAGAGUAUUAGGUGAGGAAGAAGAAAUGGACGUGCAUAGCAGCUUACGGAGGGCCCAGUCUCUCCGAAGUGUUUCCUCCGAUCGUGACCUGUCCUGGACUGAAGCUGGACUUAGAGACAAGAGGACUUCUGUCUCUCAACUUGUGGCACAGUACCAAAACUCUCCUGGAAGAAAAGCCAAAGAAGGUGAUUCGGGGGAUAUAAAGCAUGAGCUCAAUAUGCGGACCACAACAAUUCCUGUCAGUGAGAAUGAGAGCAGAGUUGAGACACCAGUGAGGAAGACUGAUGUCAAAGAGAGCUCCAGGGUCUCUCCUCUCUCCCGCAGUAAGUCUAUGGAGAGUCUCCCUCGGCACAGACCUACAGGCACCACAGCACUCAGGGCGCUCUUUGAGUCAAAGAUCACCACCCAGACUGAGUCCAAGAAGAGCAAGACGGCACCUGAAUCAGCGAGCGCUGAGAAAGCCAAUAACACUACUCUCUCCGACAACAAGGAUGCUGAAGACACAAAGCCACAAGUACAGGUUAAUAACAGCCAUAAUGAACAAGAGAAAGUGACUGAAGAGGUUCAAGUGAUAACAAAGAGUGCAAGAACAAAGCAGAGCAUAAUUCAAUCUGAUAGAAGAAAGACCGUUUCUGGCAUUCAUAGUGAAAAAAUAUCCUCUCCAGAGGAGGAUAAAAGAAGGUCAGUCGCAGACUUCAGAGACAGCUCGGCUCUCUACGAAUUGGAGAAACCCUCUAUUUCUGUCAAAGCUUUGUCUGCACUAUAUCUGUCAAAAGUGGCAGCUGCAAAACCUGCAGGAAACCUCUUGAAACCAGACCAUAAUCUCACUUCUCCAACUGGAAAAAAGCCAAACGCGAUCAAGAUGGCUGAAGGUGCACAAAACAGCAUUGCAUAUGCACCUGAAUCAAAUCCACCAAUACACCAUCUGGAAACCAACUCUGAAGAACAUGAACGACCCUUUACUUCGCCACCCCCUACACGGGAAGCAAUGUCCAUUCUGUACCAACGCCAACAGAAAUGCGAGCUUAGACGGCUGCUAAAACACACUUAUCCUGAGUUAAAAGAUUUAGACAGUUUGGUAGAAAAGGAGUUGGCUGAUAUUCUUAACUUAGACCCAGUCCCAGACACGGGAUAUCAAAGUGAGGUUCAGUCUAGGUGCUGGCUGUUUGAGAACCGUGAAAUCAAUUCAGUGGAUACCCAUGAUCAAAAAGCACAGAUGAAAAAGGAGUUUCAAGAGGGCGACAUCAAGAGAACCGUCUGCAUUUUUGAACAACCUUCGUCUAACUCCUACAACAAAGACAACAAACUCAACAAAUCAGAAGAAGUGGCAUCAGAGGAGAGCAUCAAGGUGGAUGUGAAAGCAACACGAAAAAUGUUCGAAAUUCAUUCAAUGGGCAGUCAAAACCCCUGUCCAAGAAAAAAUAUUUCUUGUGAGGAGGAAAGACAAUCAGGCCAGAAACCUAAGAGUGAUUCUGUGACUGAUGGGAAAAAAACAUCAGAAAUUCGUCAUAAAAGUCCAACCAGUGAUGUCAUUGACACAAACAAGGUGUUUGUAAGUAUAUCUAAAGCCAAACAGAUCUUCGAAACAAUAUCACAUGACAAGAAGAACAUUUCACCAGCAAAUGACAACUUGAUCCAAGAAGAAGAACUGCUAAGGGCAAAUGUAAGAAACAGAGCUCAAAUGUUUGAAUCCACUCCACUUGAUAGGAUCAAUCAGCAAACCAAAGAAGAAUUAGAAACCAUCCUGGAGAACACACAAGAAACGCUAGUUUCUUUAUGCAACUUCAGUAUCGUGCAUUCUGAUGGAACCAUCCUUGAAGCUAAUGAAACUGGCCAUGUCAAGAAAGCAAGAUAUCAUUUCAUACAAGAAGAAACAAGAGCAGCAAUUCAUGAGGAAGAGAUAGUGACUGGAUCCAUAAAGAGCAUCAUGCUUCAGAUGCUUCCAGGAACAAACUUGAACCCAACUGUGACCUUCCUAAAAGAGGACAGUCAGGGCAAUGUGGAGAUUCAGCAAGUAGAUGUCCCUAUUCACCAACUUCCAUUCACUCGAGAUAAAGAGUGCAGAAAUGCCAAUGUGGUGCAGAUUACUGAAGAUCUACUCAGUCAAAAGAAUUCACUGAGAAAAGGAGUCUUAAUACAGGAUGGAACCACAGGAAUGAGAGAGAUAACGGUGUAUGCUCUAUUUAUCCACAGUGAAGACAGUACAGGGGUUAUGGAGUUUGGUCAAACUGAUUUAAGAACCAUUCCCUCAAGUCUAAGGAAUGUUCCAGAGUCUGAAAAUGGGGAUCUGAAGACAGAUAGUUCAUCAGAAAGUUCUUCAGUAGUAGAUACAAGCAAAACUACUAAUAAUGUGCAGUUAUUCCAGAGCUGCAUUGAGAAAGAAGACUUUGAUCAUUUAAAAUGCCUGCAGGAAGCCUCAAAUGUAGAUAUAGGUGCAUCUACUGGGGAUGCAACUGAGAUUAUAUCAGGUAAAGUUAACAAUAUCAAAGCCCUUUUUGCUACAAAUAUAGAUGACACAAGCUUUAACAUUCAGUCCAAUGAGAACAAGUCAAAAUGGUCACCUAAAGAAAGAUUGGUAAAUGUUGAAAAGGAUAAUGCAAUAGCAACAAUCCAAUCUGAGCAUAGUCCUGACACAGGGGACAAUCUGAAAAAAGAAAGGAUUCCCCAAAAUCAAGAUAUCAUGAAUGAUGGAGUCGUUCUUCAAGCAGAGUUAGUUGACGUUGUUGAAGAUGAUGAGUUGGUGAAUCUACAAACAGCCAUCAUGAAGCUUCAUCAGGCAACAAUGGAGGCAAAAGCUCUUCAGCAGAGUGUACAAGCAAAAUAUACCUCCCAGAAAAACCAAACCCACCAAAUCUGUGAUUCUGCUUCAGUGGCCCAGGAGUUUGCACAUGUGAAAAACAAUGAUAAUGUAAGCGAGAAUAACGAGCUCUCACAAUAUCCCAAAAAUGAACUGGAAGAAGAAAGUAAGGAGGAUGUCAUGAGAGGUAGCAUACAGUCAGCUCUUGAUUCCUUGGGAAAAUCAAACUUUAAUGUCACAAAGGGUGAUUUUAGAGCUGCCAUGAUUUAUAGGAAUUCUGGUAAAGGUUAUGCAGGACAAAAAAAGACCAAUGAUUUGAUGAUGAACCAGAUGAGCCAGCCAAGUGAAAGGACUAAAGAAAGUAAGUCAGCAAUAUCCUAUCCUGUGCCUCAAGCUGAAAAGGAAGCUUUAAAAUCACCUGAGGGAACUGACACAACACUUUGGGAAAGGUCAGUCUCCGUAGAAAAACCAGCUAAAAAUCGUAAAACUCCCAUUGGACCCAAACCAGCUAUCCCACCUAAACCAGAUCAUUUAAAAAUUAAGCCAAACCGUCUAGGUUCUGAAAUUGACACGGAACGUCUCGACAAAUGUCAAGUCCCUCCUGCUUUUUCAAAACCACCAACUGAGCAGAUUAAACAAUCUUCAAUUUCCAAACCAUGCCCAGACUCAAUGCCUCAGGAUGAUGCACACGAAAGUGUAGAGCAUACUGAUGCCAAUGAAACAGAGCCUAGUAAUACAUCAGUGAGGAUCACUGAACAUCCUAGAGAUGAAAAGCUUAAUUGUGGUGAGGUUGUUGAAGAAACUCCAAAGAGCUCCCCAGAAAGCAUUGUCAAUGAAUCUUCCUCUGGAUUUCACGCAACUCUGCAAAACUUCAGGGUAAAGCAAAGUGGUUCAGUGCCUCCUGUAAAACCUAAAAGAAUCAAAAUGGCAGAAAAAAAUCUGAAAAACACGGACAACACCAAUCCAUUCAACUCUACCACUUUGGAAACUGAGCCAGCACAAGGAAUCACUCCUCCUCACAACAAUGAUUCCUCAGGCGAGACCUGUAAGACAGAGAGCAAAAACCGUAAGGAAAGAAAUGAUAAAAGUGAUGGUCAACAAGUUAGUGGAGUGGUCAGACGGGAAAAGAAAAUUAGAGGAGAGACUGAGGAUGAGCGGAGGCAGAGGCUUUCGGUGCACAUGGAUGAAAUCAUAAAAGGAAAUGUGCCAGCUGUCAUGGAGAUCUUUGACAAGCUCAAAAAGCAAGAAGAACUGAAAAACAUACUCUCCAAAAUGGAAGAAAUUGAAGAAGACACCAACAAAGUGGAUGUGAGCUCACUUAAAAACAUUUUCGAGAAUGUUCCUGAUUGGGCCGUGCCUCGAGAGCCAAAAAUAGUCCCACCAAAACAUACUGAAGCACCAAGUAAACCUGAGAUGAUGUCAUCCAUGGAGGUGGCUUUUGGGGACUUAGAGAAAGCUGGUUCAGAGAUAAUCUAUUUAAAAGACCAAACGCUUGCCAGACUCAUGGAUAUAGAGGAGGCCAUUAAAAAAGCUCUUUACUCAGUAUCAACUUUGAAAUCUGACUCUGACAUUCUAGGACUCUCUGGUCUCUUCAGGGAGUCAAUGGUGACUGUACAAGGUUCAUCUCCCUCAGGUAAUAUCAGGACAAUCAGCAUUGGGUCAAGCAAAUCACCAAAAGCUCAAAACCAGAUCGGAAAGAUGGUUUCUGAACAGUCAAUGACACAAAAAACCCCAGAGCUUUUUAUUCCCACAACCAAACAGAGAUCAGCCUCACCGACAUCUCCUUCAUUUAUUUCCAUUCAGUCUGCAUCGAGGAAGCCUUCGGAGCUGCCAUCACCUCAGAUCAGUCCCCAGAAGGAAGAACCAAAGGAAGAGACCAAGCUACAGUGCUGCUGUAGUGUGCCUUCAGACCGCAGACAAUGUUCUGUCACAAAAGAGUCAUCCUCAAGCCCUGUGAAACCACGACGGCAGGUCAGUGUGCUGGAAGUGCAAACGAAGCCUGAAGAAGAGGGAGUCAUCGGAACAAAAACCAUCAGCGAGAACUACGAGAGGAAAGAUUGCUUCGGCAACAAGUUCUACUCCUCGAAAACCUCCACGGUUGUGACAACCCAACCUGAAACCAGAACAACUUCUGAAAAGCUCAUCAUGAGCAGUCCAGCCACAUCGGAAAUUGUCACAUACCCAAGAAUCAACACACCUUUUAUUAGAGAAGACUGUCCUAAACUGUAAACUGUUGGUUGUCAUGUAACUGCAUGAUCUAAUGAUGUAACAGCCAAUGCAUUUUUGUACUUUUUGCUUGGUUAUUUUUUUUCAUGCAGUAAUGCAGUAAAAGGGUUCUGAUAUUUCUGUGAAUACAAUAUAGUUUGAAUUACUGCCAUAUUUGUUAAUAAAAAUAAUUGAAACGUG